AUGGAGGGCAACAUCAGGCCAAUGAAUCCAGACACUUUCUCGUCGACCUGCCUCAAGCCGUUUCUGGCACAGGUAGCUCACGUGGUUGAGGAGCAUGAGAGGCUAGUCGCUGAGAAUCUUCGCCUCAAAGCGAACUGCGGGGUGAGCGAGGCUGUGCCAGCCGUACCGGGUCUGUUUCUCGACGCGGAGAACGAUGAGAUUCUGGAGGAGAGACUGCAGAUACAGAAGGACUCGUCCAAAGCCAGAGUCAAAUCCAAGGAUCCUCCAAGGUUCGAGGAUGGGUCUUUCUCAGUGGUGCCGGAGCUUUCAGGAAUUCUGGAGGUUUCUGUCGAAGACACCCAAACAGAGGCUGUGGAAGCUGCCAAGAAAGGCAUGGCACAGGCGGUCUUCAAGGACUCGAUGGACAUGAAGCAGGCAGUGCGUGAGCAGCUCUUGUCGGACGGCAAUGGCUACGACGUAAAGAAUUUCUACAAGCAGACCGGCCUCGCCCAGCGCAUCGCGCGCAGCCCACGGUUUGAAAACAUAACCAUGGCCAUCAUUGGCAUUUAUGCGAUCUGGAUGGCGAUCGACACAGACCUCAACGACGACGUGAUCACGGAAGCGGACCCGGUCUUCUUCGUCGUGGAGCAGGUCUUCUGCACCUACUUCCUCGCCGAGCUGGUCAUACGGUUCCUGGCCUUCGAAGAGAAGCGGAACUGCAUGAAAGACGCCUGGUUCGUCUUCGACUUGGCAUUGGUACUGAUGAUGAUCCUCGAAAACUGGGUGCUCAGCCUGGUGCUGGUGGCCACGGGCGCCGGGGACACGGAUGGCAUCCUGGCAAAUGCCAACAUCCUGCGGCUCGCGAGGCUGAUGCGACUGACGCGGCUUCUCCGCAUGGCACGCUUGCUGAGAAUGGUGCCGGAGCUCUUGAUCUUGGUGAAGGCAAUCGCUGCAGCGAUGCGCUCGGUCGGCUUCACGCUGAUUUUACUCUUCAUCGUGCUGUACGUGUUUGGAAUCGGAUUCACGCAGCUUCUCAAGGGCAGCGAGCUUCUGGAAGACAGAUUCAAAGGGGUGGCACUGUCGAUGCAGAUGUUGUUUCUGCACUGCACGCUGCUGGAUUCUAUCUCCGAGCUGGUUGAGAUUUUCAUGGAAGAUCAGCAGUGGGUGGCCCUGGCGCUUCUCUAUUCGUUUCUGAUCCUGUCCGCCAUCACCAUCGCGAACAUGCUCAUCGGGGUUAUCUGCGAGGUGAUCACGGCCGUGGCUGCGGCAGAAAAGGAGGCCAUCCAGAUCACCUUCGUGAAGGAUACACUGCUGCGGGUCAUGGGACGUUCGGAUGCCAACACGGAUGGUAGGCUCCAGAAAAGUGAGUUCUUCAAGAUCGCCCGAGACAAGCAGGCCGUCAAGGCCCUCAAGGAGUUGGGAGUCGAUAUGAUUACGUUGAUUGAUUUUGCCGACAUCAUCUUCGAGAAUGCCUCCCAGGCUGAGGCUGACGAUCCCGACAGCGAGGAGCUGUCUUUCUCAGAGUUUAUGGAGGUGAUUUUGCAAUUCCGUGGUUCGAACACUGCCACUGUCAAAGACAUGGUAGACUUCAGGAAGUGGUUUACUGUUCAGUAUCGCCAGAUGCUGAGGGAGGAUAUGGAAGAAAUCGUUGCUGGCAAGGGCUCGAAUCCUCUGAGCCGACGACACCUACAGCAAGGCGGCUUGCGACAGACAAUCUUCAGCGGUACGGCGCACCGGUGGACUCCACCCCUACAGGACGGCGACCAUGUGUCCGUCAACAUCUGA